AUGCUCCUCAUCGGCCUGACCGGCUCCAUCGCGACGGGCAAGUCGACCGUUUCGUCGCUGCUCUCGUCGCCGCCACAUUCCUUACCCAUUGUUGACGCCGACAUCCUGGCGCGCAAGGUGGUCGAGCCCGGCACCAGCGGCUACAACGCCAUCGUCAAGUACUUUGGCCCAACUACACCCGAUCUCCUGGUCGAGCCGUCGGACUCCAUGCCCGAGAAUGGCCCCGACGGCAAGGGACGGCCGCUGAACCGGCCCGCGCUGGGCAAGCGCGUCUUUGGCGACAGCGACGAACGCAAAAAGGACCGCACCGUGCUCAACGGCAUCGUCCACCCGGCGGUGCGCAAGGAGAUGUUCAAGUCGGUCCUCGGCUGCUACCUGCGCGGCCACUGGGCCGUGGUGCUCGACAUCCCGCUGCUGUUCGAGAGUGGGCUGGAUCGCUUCUGCGGCGUCACCAUGGUCGUUGCCGUCUCCGAGGCCGACACCCAGAUGAGCCGCCUCAUGGCCCGCGACGCCCAUCUCAGCCGGGAGGACGCCGAGAACCGCGUCCUCAGCCAGACCGACGUGCGCGUCAAGGCGAAGCGCUGCGAGGCCCGCGGCGAGGGCAAGGGCGUGGUGCUGUGGAACGACGGGCCCAGGGAGGAGCUGGCAAAGAGCCUUGAGGAGGAGAUUGCCAAGAUGCACAAGGCAAGCCCCGAGUGGUGGUCAUGGGCGCUGCUGGGGUGUCCGCCGCUGGCUCUCGUCGUUGCCGCGUGGAGGUUCUGGCAGAAUGUGCAGAUUAGCAAGCGCUGGGAGGCUUCGCAGAGGGCCGAAGUCAAGGGCAAGCUGUGA